AUGCCUCUUUCUACAACAGUUAUUGGAAGUUUCCCAAAACCUGUUUAUCUUAAGAUUCCAGACUGGUUUCGGACGACUUAUUCAGGCCCUUUCACAGAACAACAUAAUCUUUUUCUGCAGCAGUCGUCGGAAUAUGACAGAGAGGAAGCAAUUAAAAGAGCUACCAAAGAUAUAGUUGGGAUACAAACCGAAGCAGGAAUCGAUGUGAUCACCGACGGUGAAAUUCGCCGUGAGUCGUACAUCCUUCAUUUUUGCAGAGGCCUGAACGGGUUUGAUUUUCAUAAUUUGUUUUCGAAGGUCUGUCGUGACGGUGCUAUUACAACCGAUGUCCCUCGUAUUGUCGGGGAAGUGUCGCUGCGUCAGGGAGAUCCCUGGGUGUGGAAAGAGUGGAGAGCCUCGCAGGAUUUGGCGAGUGUGCCCAUGAAAAUCACCCUACCGGGUCCUAUGACAAUAAUCAACUCUACUGAGGAUCAGUUUUAUGGAGACGAAAAGCUUCUGGGCAGAGUUCUGGCUAGGAUAAUUAACAGCGAGAUUCAGGCUAUUGUACAUGCUGGAUGUAAAAAUAUUCAUGUAUAGAAAAAAGAUUUUUUUAAAAAAAAAAUUGUAUUAAAAUCCUGGGUAUCUGAGGAUAAAAGGGCAGUUCGGUCGUCACGCAAUGGGCGACUCAGCUGUCAUAGGAUCAGUCACACAACUGACCUGCGAUUAACGGUAUGAUCGUCGCUCGUGACGAGCUUUAUAGCGGUCGCUGGCGGCUUUAACCCUUUUUGAUUUUGUGGUCUAUGUAUUCCGAUUAUCUAUUAUCAUCUCAUCAUGAGGCGAGAAAAUUACAUUAAUCAUUUCUGUAGGAAGCUCAAAGGUUUUGAUUUUCACACCUUGUUUUCAAAAGAAAUUCGCUCGGAUGCUACCACCAUUCUUGUCCCUAGAAUAAUCGGAGAAGUUUUACCCGAAGAAAAUCAACCCUGGGUAUGUGAAGAGUGGAGAAAUACACAGGAUUCAUUCAAGGAUUUGCCUAUGAAAGUUACCCUCCCGGGCCCCAUGACAAUUGUUGACACGGCUGCAGAUCAGUACUAUCAUAACAGCAAGAUUUUAGGCAAUGUUUUAGCAAAAAUUAUAAAUAGGGAAAUCAAGGCGCUUGAGUCAGCGGGCUGUAAAUAUAUUCAGCUAAGUUAUGAGUUAGUAGGGAGGGGUGGAUAAAAAUUAGUCGAUCUGUCACCAGUUUAGGGUAAAGUAUCCCUUGUGCAAUUGGAAGUCCAUGUGAGACUGAGAAUCUCGUAAAUGUUGAAUACUCAUAAAAAUAUUGGAACUUAAUUAAGGCUAUGGGGGGGGGGAGGUUACUUGGGUUAAUUUUUGCUGGGCAUAUGCCACUUUCCUCUUAGAACCCCUACCCCAUUAUAGUCUUUUCUGUGGCCAACCAUAGACCCCAUCUUAGUCACUUUUGGAAAAUGUAAUUUUCACGAUCCCAGCUUAGUAACUUUCUGUUUAUGCAUCUACUUUAUAAAGCCUUUUAAUUAGGUCACCCUGAAAUGAAUUGACACAUUGGUUAAUGUGGUGAAAAUCUUCCCCAAUGUAAAUCCCUACUUACCUGAAUUUUCUGAUCCCCCAAAUCUGGAAAAUGUGCAAUCCCAUUCUAGUAACUCUAAUGAAAAUGCAACCCGAUUAUUGUCAAUCCAGCAGUGAAAAUGUGACCCCAUCCAGCGGCACAUCCCCAUUAGCCUAUUACUAGGAAGUACCCCCCCCCCCCCCCCCCCCCCCCCCCCCCCCCCCCCCCACCUCCCCCCCCCCCUGCCUGCCCCCGGCAAACUUCCAGAGCAACAAUUUCUGGGAUCUCUUGAGUGAAUGAAAAGGGACCACACACUAGCAGUUUAAGUCAGAGCCAAUACUUUUGGCCACUUAUAAGUUGUCCAACAUGUGGAUAGUGCUAUACAUUGGAUAAAUAACUACCCAGUGCAUCUGAUAAGAAUUUGAAACAGCAACUGGAUUAACCAGUGCCUAUUAUCCACUUAGAUCUUUUGAACAACUGGGACCAGACAUGAGCCAGACAUUGCUAAAAGCACAAGAUUAAAAGGUUUUAGAGUACUGUUUGUUAACUGUCAAUAUAUUAUGUAAUUUUCAAUUUAAGUAAUGUCCGACACUCAUAAUGGUAUAGGUGGAUGAGCCUGUAAUGAUGCGAUAUCCUGACCAAGCACUAGAAUAUGGAAUUGAUCAGCUGUCAUCCUGUUUUGAUGGAGUUUCAGCUCCAGAUGUUGUGAAGACUGUUCAUUUGUGCUGUGGUUACCCAAACUACCUGGUAAGAAAGUCUGCUAACUAUAAUUUUAUGGUGAAGAAUUCAAACAAAAUUUUAGAAUAGUCAGUGGAAGUCUAUGCCCUAUUGGAGAUAAAGACUUAGGGAGAUUUGGUAAACAGUAUAUUUAGAGGCUCAGUCUCCAACCUUGGGUGUCUCGAUGCACCCGCAGUAUGUGACAAACGAAAAGUUGGCUCGGCUAGAAGCAGUCACCUUGUGAUGGUAGAGUCACCCUCCGAGCGCGUUCAACUUUUCUCCAUAUAAACUCUUUGGCUCACCCAGCCAAUCAGAGCAUGCAUGAGUGCUGUCGGUUCGAGCGACUGAAGGGGUCGACUUUUUACUCAUUUAAAUGCUUGCUAAAGCUGACUUUUCUUUGGGGGGGGGGGGUUGACCCUUCUACUUGGAACAGUUUUCCAUAUGUAAACUAUGCUUAAGAAGGAGCCCAUAACGUAGCCUAAGAUGUUGCAUGAAUUUGCUGUUUUCUUAGGAUCAAGAGGACUACAAGAAGGCCGACAAGGACGUCUGUAUGAGACUGGCUCAUAAGCUGGAUGCUGCAGGGUUUGAUGAAAUCUCUAUUGAGGAUGCUCACAGGCACAACAACUUGACUUUAUUUAAGCAUUUUAAGACAAGCAAGGUAACUGUUUGAUCGUUUGUCUCUCGGGGGGUAAAUGGUUUAAACCUGUUUGUCAUGUCAUAGGUCCUGGCAUAGGUUACUGGAAGGGGACUCCUUAUGAUGGCCUAGACGGGGAGGGUCUGCCCGAAAGGGGUACCUUUUUCGACUUCAUGUAUAUGAACAUGAAGGAGUAGGGAUUUAAUUUUUUGAAGAAUAUAAAAGGGUAGGGAAAUUUGUCGUUUUGGACUCUAAGGGCAGCUGAAAGGGCUAACAGAAGGAUUUUAUGGUUGUGAAAAAGUCGAGAAAAUUUCCUGGUUUUGAGAUUAAUUGAUAUUUUAUAGAUACUGCACUUACAGCGGUUAAAAGAGAAGUAAAGUUCUAAAUAAAGUGUGUAAAAGGGUUACCAUUUUUUAAAGAAAGGUAUUCGUAAGUGGUGCCUUUUCACUGUAAGCAGAUCGCAGUUCUUUCAGGCAUACGUGAUUUUUAGCAUUUACGAACUGAGUCGUUCGCGUUGCUGACAUUCGCUUAAUCGGCUUGCUUUUACCUUUCGGGGAAAAAAAAAGCCAAGUACGUGAAUUUCAGCGACGCGAACGGCAAAUUAUGCCGGAAAGAAACCUCUGCUAGAAGGGUAGUUACGAGUGAGUGUAGGCCUUAAAAGGACUGUGAUUAACGAUGAUUGACGUUUGGACAACCUGUGCAGUCAAGUCGUCUUCAAGGUCAAAGUGAUUGUUUGUUGAGUUAAGGGUGUUUAACACUGGUUUUCACCUUAUAGACAAAUUAGCCGCGAUGCCAUUGGUUGUCUCAUAGUAAAAGACCGAAUAUGCUAUCGGCAUAGGAAAGAUCCCGAUUUUACAUCUGCUCUCACCCUGUUAUUUUCAGAUAAAUUCUUAUGAUACUUUUGCAAGAACACCUGACUGAAUAUACUUAACUAAAAUUUGGACAGAAAUUAUCCUCUCAGAACACAUCUCAGAGCAUCAAGAUUUCAAAACUUUCCGGUGGAAGAUGCCCCUAGACCGCCCUCCGACUCGCGCCAUCGGCGCUCUUGUGAUUCGUCGGUAAUUAGAAAUAUCCCAAUCUUGCGUACUCAAAAAAUCAGUGUUGGACAGUCUGUGGUUAUGAAGACCCUAAUUGCAAGCGACGCAUUUUAGUCCUCCGCAGUUUCCUGUUUUUUAAUAUCUUUUUGUGUAUUCAAAUUUGUCGGCUAACUUUAAUUAUUUGUCGUCUUUGUCGAAUUUUCAAAAUUCUUAUACCAAUGUAGUAAUGUAUCUUUUUACAGUAUUCUUGUGAAAUACAUUGUAGGUUAUCUAAUUUCCUGUUGGGAAGUUUAAAAUACAAUAUUUUGGUAACAAAACAAAAUUUCACGUACUAUUUAGCCCCCAGUACUGUUACAUGCGAUUUGAUUUGAAACCUGAGGCGAAACCUCGAGCAUCAAUUAUAUGAAAACCCAUCAUCAUCAUUAUGAGUUCUAGAAGUCUAUGAAAAAGUUCCUCAGGUUUGGGGGUCCAGAUAAAUUUCGUUCUUUUUAUUCAACAGUUAACAAGUUUAAGUUAUUAUUACAAUUUCUAAUUUACUAAGUAAGCCAAUUCUUGGCCAAUUACUGCGGCCCGAAGCAGUCCAUUUUCCCAUAAAAGGUAGAUCACUUUAGCGGACGGUCCUCUUCAGCCGCCUACUUUUUUUCGAACAGUAGUACGUGUUCUUAUUUGUCUUCGAAUCGACAAGGAGAAAUGAAGGAGCCAAGGCCAACGGCUUAACGUCCGUGCCCAAUCACGUGAUGAUCUUAAGUCCCCUACAUGAUUACAUGCAUGAUCUUACGAGAUUUGAACCUCUCUCUGGGCACAUGAGAACGUCGUUUUGGUCUCACGUUUUCCAUCAAAUCGUCGGUUUUUCGACGAAAUCGUCGCAUAUGAAGAAUUGUUUGCUAGGUACCGUUACUAACGAGCUCGAGCGACGACGACAAAGGAAACGAGAAGAUAAAAAAAGCAAAGCAAAACAACAGAAAACUCUGAACGUGCACAACUAACCUUGUCAGUCUUGAUCGGAAUGGCAACGGAAUCGUCGCUUUGAUCUCAAAGAUCGUUUCAUCAAUAAUUACGAUCGUCGAGACUUUGAUUUUGUCUGAAGUACCCAUAGAGAGGCUGGGAUUUUUACAAGACCCUGGUUGGUGGUCCGGCCGGGAUUAUAGAACCCGCGAGCUCCGAUCCCGCUCAGCAGCCUGGCGCUUUUUCAACGUAUAUACGGAGUGAAGUGACAUUUCUUAUAACCCUCUUAAUCCACAGAUUGUGCUUGGAAGUGUUAAGAUUGCCAGUAGCCGGGUGGAAAGUGUAGAGGAGAUUCGCCAACGUCUUCAGGAAGUUUUAACAGUUUUGCCACCUGAACGUUUAAUUGUUGCUCCUGAUUGCGGCUUAGGGUUUCUACCCACUGAAAUUGCUAGGAAAAAAUUAUGUAAUAUGGUUCAGGCUGCCAAAUCGUUGCCCUAA